CCAAAAGUCAAAACAGACGAUUUAAAUUGGGACGGAGGGAGUAUCUAAUUAGACUCCUAUGUAUAUGUAACAAGACAACACAAAUCCCAGACAGAAAAAACACUACACAAAAAGAUGCAAUGUUCAAAAGAAACAAUAUUUAGAUUGUUCUAUAAUGCUUCAAGUUCCUUUCUACUUGUCUUGCUUUCCUCGUAUUUUGCAUCCAUUUGUCUUGCUAAGCUCUUACGUUUCCUCGGAGGUAACAUAUUCUUCUUCCUCGGGAGCAAACAAGUUGCCUAUGCACAAUAUUCCGACGAGGAAGACGAAGAUAUGUGGAAUUACCAAAGUACCCUUUUCGCCUCUGAAGCCGCCCACAGGGGGAACAAGGGCAUCAUUGUCAACGAUCAGUUUUCCGGUUCGGAUGCGGAAGAGAGCUCUGGCAGUGAGGCGGCCACUGCUUAUUAUAGCUGUCCGGCGGGUGUUGAAAGUGAUGAUGAUGAAGAUGUUGUGAAGCAAUAUACCUCAAGAAGUUUCCCUGCCACCACCACCUGGGAGGAAUCCUAUUCUGUUUUCCACAAGUACGAUGAGGAAAUGUUGUUAUUGGACAGACUGAGCUUCCAAAAACUCCAGGAAACUGAAUCAUUAGAAUGGAUAGAAACAUGCCCGAGAUCAAAGUCGGAAAGGGAACCAAACAGCGAAAAACACUCAUUAAUAAGGAACAAGAAAUUACCUUGGGAAUGUCCAAACAACCUGUAUCAUGAACUAGAAGCAGCUUAUGUUGCCCAGAUUUGCCUUACUUGGGAAGCACUCAAGUGGAACUACAACUACUUCCUCAGUACUCUAAUCACGUCUUCUUCUUGCGAAUCUGAAUCCGACCGCGGAUGCCCUGCGACGACCGCCCAACAGUUCCAGCAGUUCCAAGUCCUUCUCCAAAGGUACAUAGAGAAUGAGGCAUACGAAAAUGGGAGGAGACCGGAGAUUUAUGCCAGGAUGAGAAGCUUAGCUCCUAUGCUCCUUCAAGUCCCACACUGCAUAUCAGACAAGAAGGACAAGCAGUGCAGAAUAAUCACUGCUCUCUUAAGAAAAACUCGUAGAGCCUCUGCUGAUCACACUCUCCUCCAACUCCUCAAAAAAGUUAAUAAGAAGAAAAAAUCAAAGCUGAAAGAGAUUAGGAUAUCUGGCAAGAAAAGUUUGACGAGAAGGUGGGUCCGGGAAGAGGAAGAAAUGGAGAGGCUAAUGGCACAUAUCGACCUGAAAGUGGUGUCUAGAGUUCUAAAGAUGGCACAAGUUAAUGAUAAACAGCUCCAUUGGUGCGAAGAGAAGAUGAGCAGGGUUAAAUUUUGCGAUGGCAAACUAUUAAGGGACCAGUUUCUCCUUUGUCCGCUUUUCUACCCUUUGUCAUAGCACAUUUAAAUUUAGUAUUUUCAAAUUUAAUCUGCACCAUUAUAAAAUUAUUCAUAGCAUUGAGAAAAAUAAAAUGGAGCAAAUGAGGAUGAAUCAAAAAUCCAAAAGCCGUAUAUCAAAAUCAAAAUAUAAAAAAAAAGGAGCAACUAAGGAUAACCACUACCUUCACAUCUUGAGGAUUGCAUCUGAAACUCUUCAAAUCGCCGCCUUCCCCUGGAAAUUUAAAACACUCACUACAAAACUGUUCAAUCGCAAAAUCGCUGCUUUUAUUACAAGUGGCGAUUCUAAGGUUCUAAGCUUCCGUCUGAAUGACUGCGAUUUGAAGAAGAAAAAUGCUAGGGUUAU